AUGCAUUUGAUGCGCAAAUUGCGCGGUGCUACCGCCUCUAUUUCUACCGAACCUACGGAGACUACCAGCUCGUCCUCCCAUGUUCAGCUGGGCUUGAUGCAUCUAAAAAAGUUAUUUGCCGAAUAUACACAUCCACCACAACCUCUCACAGAUGCUGAAAAAGAUGAUAAGCUGUACAAUAUGCUGCCUCUGUUUUGUAAGAUCUUUGGUACCAGUCCGUCAAGUGAGAUGAAUGAAAAGUUUUGGGAUAUUUUGUCAUUCUGCCAGCAAGUCUCAAAACUCAUGGUAUCUGAAAUAAGAAAAAGGGCAAGUAACCAAAGCACAGAGGCGGCAAGCUGUGCUAUUGCCAAAUUUCUUGAAAUUGAAAACUCUGAAGAGUCCAGUAAUGGAUGGAUGUUGCUAUCAACAUUAAACUUAUUGGCAGCUGGUGAUCAAUCUCUUAUUCAGGUGAUGACUACUGCUUCGAUACCAUCUACACUAGUCAAAUGCUUGUACCUGUUUUUUGAUCUCCCUGAAAUUCCUGAAUCAGAAGCAGACCUACAAGAUGGUAAUAGUGAUUUUACUCCCAGGGAAAGAAGGAUAUUGUUACAAAAGAUAUUUGUACAGGUACUUGUAAGAUUAUCCAGUCAUCCCUUCCCAUGCGAAGAAUUAGCAAGAAAAGAUGAUUUGAGCUUAUUAUUCUCUGCUAUAACAUCUUGGUGUGCACCACACAACAUAAUGUGGCGUAAAUCUGCUGCAGAAGUACUGAUGACAUUAUCCAGACAUGGAUUGACACAGUCUGUAGUACAAUAUAUACACAAUAAGGGGUGUGUAGCAUUAUGCAUAGAAAAUAUGCAACGGAUACCUGAAUUGUCUCCUUUGGAGGUGGUAGAGAUGUUUGUUGCUGUAUUCUGUUUUUUAAAGGAUUCAAGUGAUGUUAGUCAAUUAUUAUUGGAUGAUUUUCGUUCAUGUCAAGGAUAUUUAUUUUUAUCUGAAUUUUUGCUGAAACAUGAAAGACAAGAAGUGUCCGAUUAUUUGACAUCAGGGUUGGAAGAGGAAAGGGUCAGUGGUACGGAAGCUCGAGCAGCACUCCGUAAUUUAGUAUUGAUGAUAUCGUCUCUGUGCGCAUGCGGUUUCUCCGAACUCAGGCCGACUCGCGCCAACACCGAAUUGUUUCAAUUGCAAGGAUUCGUGUUACCGCAACCGUCGACGCCUGGCCAGGCGGUUAGGAAUGUCCAAGCAUUUCAGGUUUUACAAUCGGUAUUUAUAAAAUCGAACUCGCCAGCUCUGUGUUGUACAAUUCUUGACGCCAUAUCAAGCGUCUACCAUGCUGACAAUGCCAACUAUUUCAUUCUGGAGAACCAGAAUACAUUGAGUCAGUUCUCAGAAAGAAUCCACACAAAAAAUGCGGAAAUUCAAGAGAAAUUUUUCGAAUUACUGGAGUUCAUUGUGUUUCAAUUAAAUUUUGUGCCCUGCAAGGAAUUGAUCUCAUUAUCAUUAUUAUUGAAAGCAAAUAGAUCAAGGAGCUGUAGCAUUCUAUGUAUAAAAACGCUCUUAAAUAUUUUAAAGCAUAAUGCUAUCUUUAAAGAUGUAUAUCGAGAAGUAGGUAUGCUCGAAGUCUUUGUAACGUGUCUAUCACGAUAUGCGGCAUUUUUGAAAGACAAACAAAUAUUAGAAGAAGAGAAAAUCAGGAAAGCAGAAACGAAUGGGUCACCAAAAGCACCCGAGAGAAGAAAACGAUUAUCUUCGAAGCAAGACUCUUUGAUAAGGGACCCUAAUUUGGACGCCGAAGAAGAAGAGUUAGGUGCCUUAGUUAUGGAAGGGCUGACGGCGUUGUUGAACGGCAAUUCGAACAACUGCAAUGUCUUUAGAGAUUGUGGUGGCGCGAAGUGUGUGCAUGGUAUGGUUGUGCAUGAAUCUUGCCGGAGUCAGGCUUUAGGUGUAAUAAGAGAACUGAUAGUGAGUGGAUCCGGCGAAGAAGACAUGUCUGCGUUGCUGUGCGGUAUGCACGCUGCCCCGAAUGAUGCGCUGUUGUUAAAGCUACAUAUACUUAAAGCUCUGUUAGCAUGUUUGCGGGAUUCGCAUCGAACGAGAACUAUUUUCAGAAAGGUUAGCGGUUUUGUCUACGUCACUAGUGUUCUGGUUUCGUUGGAAGGCAAACUUAAAGGUAGCGGAAUGGUGGAUCGGGAUAUGCUUCAGUUGAUUCAUAUUGUGUUUUACACUAUAAGCACUGCCAUGAGAUUCGAACCUGCAAAUGCGAAGUUUUUUCAUCAUGAGAUAUGCAUGACUACACUCAGUGACACUAUAAGGUUACUGGGAUGUUUUAGUGAUGAUUUAGAAUUACAAAAUGAUAGAGAAAAUGGGGACCCAGAACUCUAUGAAGUGUUCCAUGAAAUUUUUACUGGAAAUAUUUUGGAGAUGACAUUUCCGGAAAAAGUUCCUGUUGUAUUUGUACAUGCUUGCAUUGUUUUGAGACUACUGUACGAUGUAGCUUUGGACUCAUUUGACAAGCCUACAUUUUGUGGGUCUCUUAACGUAAAGUCUCCUAGUUUGACGCGACAAAGUUCUGCUAUCAACGAGACAAAGCCGGCUGGUAGGACGGCCCCUCUCAACCUUUCCGCGAGCGGGUCUUCCGGUGAGGCUUGGGUAAUUCACUCUGGUGUGGUGAUAGUGUUGGCGAAACUACUACCGGCACUGCCAAAGCCGCCAGAGCACGAGCAGUAUGCUCGUGCCAUACGAGACUACUUGGCGCAUGUACUCAAGAGCCUCGUGAGAAGUGAACGCAAUCAGCAAGUAAUGUGCGGGGCAGGAUUAGCAGGCAUAGUCCUCAGAGUGUGUGGUGCGGCACUACGAUGCGAGAAGCAUCCUCUCCAUGCGCCUGCUAUGUAUAUGCUGGAAAGACUCGCCGCACACGCGUUGAGGCCCAUAGAACUUAGGGAAUUUUUACGAAUGGGAAACCCCUUGAAUUGUAUAUCAGCGGAGCCUGGUCAAGUAUGCAAACCUGGCGGUCCAGUGCCGCUAACCAGAAUCAAAACUUUGGUGUCGAUGACUACUCCCAGAGACUACAGGUCUCAAAACUCGUGCACGCUGCCUCCAUUUGUUGAAUUCGACAUGUCAGCAGAAGGGUUUGGUUGUCUCUACCUGCCUAGCAUAGCCCCGCAGUCUGCUAAUUUAAAUGCGCUCGGCACACAAGACAAUGCCACUCUUGGCGGAAUUGGAUCGGGCGACCGCGUGUUUCCUCCACAAACUGGGCUCACAUACUCCAGUUGGAUCUGCGUCGAAAAGUAUUCCGAUCCGCGCUCGGACCCUCAUUGCGUGCGCCUGUUGACUCUGGUCAGAAAUAUCAACAACAGCCGCGACGAGCACCUUGUUUGCUUGACCGUGGUGCUCUCGGCCAGAGACAAAGCCAUCAUCGUGUCGACGCAAGAAACAUUAGUGCCGCAUAAUGUAGGCGAAUGGGAACCGGAAGGGUCAGGGGAGUGCGGUGCUCGAGUUUGGUGCCCCGACUUGCAGCACGAGGGACAGUGGCACCACCUAGCUCUCGUGCUCAACCGAGCCGUGCUCAAGAACUCUUCCUUCUCGCUAUAUCUUGAUGGUCAGCAUAUGCACUCCGGCAAGCUGCACUACGUGAGUGCUAACCCCGGGGGUGGGGCGGCGACUUUGUCCGGCGCUUCGAGCGUGUACUGCGUGAUCGGCACGCCGCCCCAGUGGCGCCGGUACUCGCGCCUCGUGUGGCGACAGGGGCCCGCGCUGCUGCUGGAGGACGUAUUGCCAGCUCAAAUGGUCGCAGUGAUAUACCAACUCGGACCCCAUUACGUCGGUACAUUGCAAGCGCCGCAAUUACCUGGACAGAAUCAGGAGCCAUUAGCACCAAUAGUGGCUGAGGAGAAAGUCGUAUUCGGUAUAAAUGCGCGCGCGAUGUCCCAACUCACGUUAGCAAAAAUCCGCAAAGUUUAUAGUAAGAACGAUAACAAAGCGAUAGCGAAGCAACUCGGUAUGUCUUCGCAUGAAAACGCGACGCCUAUAAGGAUACUGCACAACUCAGCCGGACAUUUAAUGGGACCAGCUAGAUGCUUAGGAGGAACUGUUGUGGGAUAUUUGGGCGUCAGAGUGUUUUGCUCCAAACCGGCUGCUAUAAUGAUUGACACAGUUGGUGGAUGUUCGGUAUUACUUGGCCUUAUAGCAAUGGCACAAGACGUAGAGUGUCUUUACGCAGGCGUAAAGGCAUUGGUGUGUGUAGUUAGAUCUAAUAAAGCAGCUCAAGCGGAAAUGGAUCGCAGAAGAGGUUACCAGACACUAGCAAUGCUUUUGAAAAGGAAGAAGCAGUUGUUGAAUUCCCACAUAUUGCAUCUCAUAUUCGGUUUAGUUGGAACAGUCGAUAGUCAGAAGGAGACCUCAUCUAUACCCAAUUUGACAGCUUUUCAGGAUUUAAUAUGUGAACUAGACGUUUGGCUGGGUGCGCCAGGCGGACUAAUUAAAUCUUUACUCGAGCAUUUAUUAGAACUCGCUACAGAAACAGCGCACAGAACGCACAACUUACGCACAAUGAGAGAGCUUCAACUGGUCUCUAAACUUCUAUACGUUAUAAACGACGUGAAAGUCGUUAGCACAAAGAAUGUUCUGAUUCAACUCUUAGCAGCGUUAUUAGGUGGUCAACCGCGGCCUAGUGAUUUGCUGUGUUUAGGCCAAUUUAUGGCAUAUACGUUACCUCUACCGACACAAACUGAAAAAGGAAUGAAUCUCAAAGAAAGCGAUUGCGAAAAGGAAUGCGAAGGCGAACAAAUUAUACUGCGAAAUAAAUGUUUCAAUGUUUUGCACGGGCUACUGUUUACCGCGCGAAAUCUGGUGAACACCAUUGUAUGUGAGGAAAUGUCUAGAGUGCUGGGCUUGGAUUGGUUGCUGAGUUUCAUGCAAGAAAAUGUACAUCAUACAACUGUUUUGUGGGCAUUGAGGAUCCUAGUUAUAUUAUGUUCAGGGCAGGGACAGCAAUCUGCGAUAAUGCAAAGGUUCCGCGAAGGCGCCGGCAACGGAGGUUGGCUACGACACACGGAGGUGACGGCGACGCCGCAACAGGCAGGCGUGAUGUUGACCGCGGCCGUACACACGCAUACGCACCUGCACGCAUCGCUGCUGCACACCUCCGGAUUCACUAUGCUCUCCUGGCUUAUACUAUCACAUUUGCAAAUACCGGAGCUGUACUACCUCUUAUUUGGACUUACACUCGGGCAGCCCAUGCGUAACGUAGGCUCCGAUAAAACAGUAUCUGUGGAACGCGUAUGGGGCGCUGCUUGGGGGGCUGCGGCGCCUUCGAGGCAAUCUUCAGCAGCUGUCGCGGCAAGAAUAACGCUUUGUCCUGAGGCCGUCGUUAUAUUGCUAGGAGCUGUGAGGGCUCUCGUUCACGCCGAGCCAGGAUCGAUGCCCGAGUGGCUAAACGACCACCCCGUCACGAUUAUACAAGUGCUUUUCUCUCUCUACAACACGUUACCGGACUUCGUAACGAUAAUGAUGACCGCUGAAGUUUUGACCGCUUUGGCAUCGACAUUGUUCCCGCUUAAUGCUACUGAUGAUAUCCAUAUGCCGAUUUGUGAGAGUGGAGAAAGUUCUGGCGCUUCCACACCAGGCUCGGAGAAAGAGGUAGUAAUCGUUAGCAAUUCCGCUUCGUUGACGCAACAUCCUGCUCGACAAGGCGUCAUGGACUUUCUGCGGGUCAUUGUACUCGACUCACUACCCCUCAAUGUCUCCGGAAAAACUGCACCGGUAAUCGAUCUAGUGUUGGACGCUUCACCUGCUAACUCGACAAGCCAACAACAAAUCGAAUAUCAGACGGAAGUACUUACUACACUUAUGGAAAAUCUUUUGAACACAGAGUUGUUUAAUACGGAGUCGAAUAUCUCUAACGUGUGUUAUCUAGCAGCGAGACUAGUUGACAAGCUAUGGCAGGGGCAGUUAUCGAGAGAUCCACAUGAAGUAUUUGAUUUUAUUGUUAAACUGGUUACGCAAGCAAAGAAGAAAUCCUCAGUUAUAUCAUUAGAAGGCUUGCACCACUGUUUAAACAGAACUAUCUUGUUCUUACUAUCUCGAUCUACAGACUCCAUCGCGGACCAAAUGUCUGUUCUUGAGGCGCUUCACAAACUUACUACUAACAGGUUACUGAUCUUCGGCGCCGGCAAUCACGAACUAGAAUUCAUCGGAUGCCUUACCUAUUGCUUGCUCCAGUUGAGCUCUAAUAUGAAGAUAGCUUUGGAUUCGCACAUGCGAACUACGUGGCACGUCAAUCCUAGCGGAGACCUCGAGUCCAGGGAUGACAAACUCACUACUCAUCAAGGUCGUAACCUAAUGGCUGGGGCCGCGCGCAGAGUUUGGGAAGAGUUGUACGCGUGUAAAAAGCCAGCCAUAGAAGAAGUGUUCAAAAUGACCCUUAUCGCACCGGUGGGCAACGCUCGCGCUCCAGACCUCACCGCGGCCAGGGAACAACUGAACGAAAGCGCACACAAGUUAUGGAUCAACUACAUUGAUACUGAACGCAAGGCUGUGUACAGAGUCCCAUGGGAGCUCCAUAAUCAGAUACAGUCGAAGAUCCAGAAAGUGACCGGUGGUUUGACGCGCCUAGCAUCUAGAACUAAGGUUAAGAAGGAAGAUUCCGCCAAGCAGCGGCCUCAUUUGCCCAGAGACCACGCCCUUGCAUACAUCCAGGAUCAUGUACAAUUAGUCAGGAGCGCCUGGUGCGGACAGUUGCGUACGAGCGCUCAAACGGCCGAGCAUACCACUCGCUAUGUACGAGCGGAAUGGGCCAGCGCAUGGCGAGAAUUAACCAGGGAACGCGCUUUGUGGGGCCCUGCACGCCCCGAUCCGCUACGAAAAUGGGCCCUAGACUUCACCGAAGGCCCCUGCCGUAUGAGGAAAAUGCUCCGCCACAACCCCGCCUUCUAUUUCCACUACCCGUAUCGUGCUGAGCUCGACCAUCCCGACAAUAAGCAGCUCAAGUACAAAGUAGCACAAAGCUUGGACAGCAAGGAGUACUACAGGGUUUAUCAGCAGUGGCGUACGGCAGGCAAUCAUUUAGACGAGGUGGAGGGCGUGGAAACGGCCGAUGUUCAAGUAUAUCAAGAAGAUGUUUCUGCUAACAGAGAUCAACAAUCCCUUGAUGAGGCAAACGGCGAAGGUUCUCCAUCGGAUUUGGUCAGCAGCGGCGUCGUUAGCCGCGGCAAUAACCAAUCGGGGGAAGCCAGUGAAGAUGGUCCCGACAACGAGGAUGAAGAUGAACCGCAACCUCCGCCUCCGGAUAAUCAAACAUUACUACGGUUAUUGGAACACCAUGAAAAGAUAUCGCAUAUGUUUCGAUGUGCAAGAAUUCAAGGUCUGGAUACGACUGAAGGUUUAUUAUUGUUUGGUCGCGAACACUGCUACGUCAUAGAUGGCUUUACGCUAUUGAAAAAUAGGGAAAUCAGAGAUUUAGACAGCUGCCCUGACGAUUAUGAGCCGAUACUUCCCAGUCAAGGAAUCCAAAGAAGUAAUCAGCGACAGUGUUCGAAGUUUUUGUACGAAGAUAUACGGGAAGUGCACAAAAGGAGAUAUUUGCUGCAACCAAUAGCAUUAGAAGUCUUUUCAAGCGAUGGCAGAAAUUAUUUGCUUGCGUUCCCAAGGAAAGUGCGAAAUAAGGUGUACAGCAGAUUCACAGCACUGGCAACGGGCAUGGCGGACAGCGCCGCGGGCUCAGUGGCGGGCCAGAAGCGCGGCGUGGCCGUGGAACAGCCGGGCGGUCUGCUCGCCACACUUAUAGGCGACACGUCUGUCACGCAGCGCUGGCUGCGCGGAGAGAUCUCCAAUUUCCAAUACCUGAUGCAUCUUAACACGCUCGCUGGGCGUUCUUACAACGAUCUGAUGCAGUACCCCGUGUUCCCUUGGAUAUUGGCCGAUUACGACUCUCUAGAGUUGGACCUCAACGACCCGGCCACAUUCCGGGAUCUCACCAAACCGAUGGGCGCUCAGAGCCCUGAUAGGUUGGAACAGUUCAGGAAGAGAUAUAAGGAAUGGGAUGAUCCUCACGGUGAGACGCCCCCGUAUCACUAUGGUACACAUUACUCUUCGGCAAUGAUAGUUUGUUCGUACCUGGUGCGAAUGGAACCAUUCACGCAGCACUUCCUUAGGCUACAAGGCGGCCACUUUGAUUUAGCAGACAGAAUGUUCCAUUCGAUUAAAGAAGGUUGGAAUUCGGCAUCGAGACACAACAUGGCCGAUGUGAAGGAACUCAUACCUGAAUUCUUCUACCUGCCUGAGUUUCUAGUCAAUUCCAACAAUUUUGACUUGGGUUCGAAGCAAUCGGGAGUUGCUCUGGGGGACGUAGUUCUACCGCCUUGGGCGCGCGGAGAUCCGCGUGAAUUCAUACGCUUGCAUCGAGCCGCACUAGAAUCAGACUUUGUAUCUCACCGACUUCACCACUGGAUUGACCUAGUGUUUGGGUAUAAGCAACAAGGUCAGCCCGCCGUGGACUCUUUUAACGUGUUCCAUCAUCUUUUCUACGAAGGCAACGUCGACAUUUACAACAUCGACGAUCCACUAAAGAAAAAUGCUACAAUUGGUUUCAUUAACAACUUCGGUCAAAUACCAAAGCAGCUGUUCAAGAAAGCGCAUCCUAGUAAGAAAAUGUCGCAACGGAGCUCCACUAUAUUGGAUCCCAAUAACAUUAUACCGUCACAGGGCGUCACUCCACCCGAAAAAUUAUUCUUCCACAACUUGGAGAAUUUGAGGCCUUCCUUACAACCCGUGAAAGAAGUAAAAGGUCCCGUGGGUCAAAUUCUGUACACGGAGAAGGCAAUUUUAGCCGUAGAACAAAACAAAGUGCUAAUGCCUCCAUCGUACAACAAAUAUGUGGCGUGGGGGUUCGCGGACCACUCUCUGCGUAUCGGCAACUAUGACAACGAUAAAGCGGUGUUUGUAUGCGAGGCUGUCGCACAAGCGUGUGGUGAAAUCGUGACCUGUGUGUGCCCUUCGGCGAAGACUAUAGUUACGGCUGGCACUAGUACGGUUGUUACCGUGUGGCAGUAUUGGGCCAGACGGCGAAAACUGGCCGUUAAAGUGUGUCUAUACGGGCACGAGGAAGCCGUGACUUGUUUAGCGGCCAGUCCGGCGUACAACUUGGUAGUUAGCGGCAGUCGGGACGGGCAGGCGAUAGUGUGGGACGUAGAGAGGGGUGCGUUCGUGAGGCAAUUAUUGCCGCCUCACCGCUCGCCAUCGCCGCCUGUGUCCGCGCUCGCAAUAGACGAUCUGACGGGCGAUAUAGCGACGUGCAGCGGUAGUUGGCUCCACGCGUGGUCCAUAAACGGGGAACUACUGGGCGCAGUGGACACGGCCGGGGGACGGGAGAGAUCGCAGCAGAUUCUGUGCGCGGCUUUCAGCCAGACGCGCGAAUGGGACCCGCUCAAUGUGAUCAUUACAGGAUCUUCGGAUGGCGUUGUGAGGAUGUGGUCAAUAGACUAUAUCGCAGAAACGGUUGAGGAACAAUCAGAGAGCCUCGAGGCUGUAAGUAUUGAACCUGCCUCGAGUUCUGUGGAUGUCGAUUCCAAGCUGUCAGUGCAAGAAAGCGAGGAUGCGAAGUCCGAGAACGAAGGUAAUGCUGAGAACGAAACGAAAAUCGACGACAAUGAACCGUGCAAGACCGAAGCGGCUAUAAAGAGGGUAGAAGAACUGGUCAAACAAAUGAGUCUUUCACAAGAAAAGGAAGGUGAUCUUACGAAAUCUGGAUCAGAAAGCUCCCUAUCGGACAUUGGUGAGACUACUAGCGCCAAAGAAUCCGCACGGAGACACGACGAAAAAGACACCUGUAGUGACAACGACGACAUUCGUCAAUACUCCAGUUUGGAACAAAAAGACGAACCCGUGGACUCGUGCUACGAGGCCAAACAGGAGUACGAUAAUGAGAAGGAAGCGGAGACAGAAAGAGAUGGAGCGAUGUGUAAGAGUAAACUGCAAAAACAGGGGAACGUCGUGUUAAGGAGGAAAUCUAAGGGCAAUCCUUUGUAUAGAAAGAGCGGCGGCAGCAUAGGCGGUUCGGCUGAGUCUAAUUCCAUAGAGACUUGUGGGCAGUCCACUGAAGGAACUUCGGAAGGAGGCUUGCGAACCAGCAAGUCUGACACGAGCCUCACCGACUCCUUCGUAGUUCUAGCCGCACCAGAACCCGCUGCUACUCGACCGACAAUCAAAAACACCACGCAAGACACAGAGUCGGGCACGAAGUGGGUGCGUCGCGUGGUAUUGCGCGGCAAGCUGACGAUGCACACGGCAUACGAGCGGCGCGACAACGCAUGCCCCGCCGCCGUCACCGCCGUGGCGGCCGCGCGCAGCGGUCGAGGGCUGGCCGUCGGCGACGCGCGCGGCAGGAUAUUCAGGUGGUCGGCCCCGGAUAUGUCGACAGCUGCAGGCGCAAAAGGCGGUCCUGCCGACCAUUGGAUUAGAGACGACACUGCCCCGUAUUGCACUCAAUGCCAGGUUCGUUUCACGGCGCUGGAGCGUCGCCACCACUGUCGCGAAUGCGGCGCCGUAUUCUGCGGGCGUUGCUCCCGAUACGAGGCGCCCGUGAGACGCCUGCGAGCUCUGCGACCCGUGCGUGUGUGCCAGCGCUGCCACGACGCCAUACACAACCGGAACUAGCGCCCACUGCUGCACCACCUCACCUCACUCUUACCGCGCUGACGGAACACCGCGCACGUGUGCCAGCUCUUCCACGACGCCAUACACAACCGGAACUAGCACCCGUUGCUGCACCACCUCACCUCACUCUUACCGCGCUGACGGAACACCGCGCGCGUGUUACAGCGCUGCCACAACGCCAUACACAACCGGAACUAGCGCCCGCUGCUGCACCACCUCACCUCACUCUUACCGCGCUGACGGAACACCGCGCGCGUGUUACAGCGCUGCCACAACGCCAUACACAACCGGAACUAGCGCCCGCUGCUGCACCACCUCACCUCACUCUUACCGCGCUGACGGAACACCGCGC